AUGUUUAUAAUUUUUUUGCAGAUCAAUUUACAGCAGGGUAUCCACAAUACGAAUGAGAUAAACAAGAAGUUUGAACACAAGAACCGUCUCGACAAGAAAGAUUUGGUCAUGCUGCCAGUGCUUGAUUGCGAUAAUGUAAACAACCGCGAAGGAGGCAGGCAUUAUUGGGUCUUCAACAUCAACCUGAGGGACGGACGUUUCGAAGUCCUUGAUUCAAACAGAAAGCUAGAAGACGUCGAUUUGAUGGACACCGCCUCUACGAUUGUGGGGGCAGUAUGCCAGCUAUGGAGGAAGCAUUACCCAAAGCAGAGCAUCGAGCACUUCCAGAUUAUUGACAUCGACGUGCCGAAGCAGAUUAGCAAGUAA